GCUUUAACGGUUUUUGGGUGAUUUGAGUUUAGUCGCAGUGUAUUUAGCGCGCCGGUUACAGCCGCACUAUUGCACCGGCGGCACGCGUCAUGCACUCCUUGGUCGUCACUUCUCGCAAACUCGACCGCCGACAGUGACAUGGUGAUGGGUGCGGGCGACGGUGAUAUGGAAGGUGGCGGUGGUGGGAACGACGAAUGUGUGGAAGAUGGCGAUGAAGAGUUAGUAGCAAUGAUGGGUCCACCUACGACGUUUUGUGGUUCUAACAAGUGCAAGAAAAUCAGGAGACCUCUGCCACCCCGGGAGACGUGGAAGAAGAAAAUUGAAUUCUUAUUGGCGGUAGUCGGUUUUGCUGUUGAUUUGGGCAAUGUGUGGAGAUUUCCUUACAUCUGUUAUCAAAACGGCGGAGGUGCGUUUCUUAUACCGUACGUGGUGAUGUUGGUAUUUGGUGGAUUGCCUUUGUUUUACAUGGAAUUGGCACUAGGACAGUUCCAUCGAUGUGGAUGUCUCACAGUGUGGAAGAAGAUUUGCCCGGCUCUAAAAGGUGUUGGAUAUGCAAUAUGCCUAAUUGAUAUGUAUAUGGGCAUGUAUUAUAACACCGUGAUCAGUUGGGCGCUAUAUUAUCUGUUUUCGUCGAUGAGAUCUGAACUGCCUUGGACCAAUUGUGACAAUCCGUGGAACACGUUGAACUGCACACCGGUGACUAAUAUAUCGGGAUUUACAAACAUUUCGACGAGUCCGGCUAAAGAAUUUUUCGAGAGGAGCGUUUUGGAACAACACAGAGCUGAUGGGUUGGAUAGAAUUGGACCGAUAAAGUGGUCGCUGGCGUUGUGCUUGUUGGCCGUAUUUUUAUUGGUGUAUUUCUCUCUGUGGAAGGGAGUAAGGAGCACAGGCAUGGCGGUUUGGGUCACGUCUCUUGCACCGUACGUUGUAUUGUUCAUGUUAUUGUUCCAAGGCAUCUCGUUACCGGGUGCAAGCGAGGGAAUACGAUAUUAUCUGACGCCGCAGUGGCACAAGCUCGUUAACACAAAGGUAUGGAUAGACGCGGCGUCUCAAGUCUUCUUCUCGCUGGGUCCAGGAUUCGGUACUCUCCUCGCCCUGUCCAGCUACAACAAGUUCAACAACAACUGUUACUGGGAUGCUAUACUCACCAGUUCAAUAAACUUUCUUACCAGUUUUCUUGCUGGGUUCGUUAUAUUCACCAUGCUCGGUUAUAUGGCACACGUACAAAACAAGAGUAUAGCCGAAGUGGGAACCGAUGGGCCGGGUUUGGUAUUUAUCGUGUACCCAGAAGCAAUCGCCAUGAUGACUGGUUCAGUUAUGUGGGCCCUAAUAUUCUUUUUAUUACUCAUCACAUUAGGUUUGGACAGUACAUUCGGUGGUUUGGAGGCAAUCAUAACUGGUCUUUGUGAUGAGUAUCCUAAUGUACUAAAACGACACAGAGAAUUGUUUGUUGCUGGUUUAGUAGCAGUGAUUUAUAUACUAUCAUUACCAACUACUACAUACGGUGGAGUUUAUUUAAUCACAUUGCUGAACGUAUUCGGACCGGGAAUCGCCAUACUAUUUGUUGUGUUUGUCGAGGCAGCAGCGGUCUGUUGGGUGUAUGGAGUGGAUCGGUUCGCAAACGAUAUCGAAAUGAUGAUCGGUCACAGACCGGGUCUAUUCUGGAGAUUGUGUUGGUGCUACAUAAGCCCCGCGUUCUUGUUGUUAAUUUUUGUAUUCUCCAUAUUGGGAUACAAAGAUAUGAUGGCUGGAGGUUCGUAUGUUUAUCCGGAUUGGAGUAUUAAUAUGGGGUGGUUGAUGACAGCUUCUUCGAUCAGUUGCAUACCUGCUUACUUCAUUUACAAAGUGUACAAGACACCGGGUCCAUUUAUGCAGAGAAUCAGAUUGAUCAUGAAACCGGAAGAUCCGGAACCGGACGACCGGGGCAUCGUGGCAAUUGCAUCGGCCGUGCACGGUGGUGGCAGUGGCGGGGGUGGCGGUGGCGGCACGCACGUCUGAUUGGAAUGGCUAGUCUGACCCGGCCGACCAAAAUAACAACAAUGACAACAAAAAAGAAACAGCAGCAAAAAUCUCGGACAUCACGAGAGACUUUUGCGACGACAAGUCGGGUUAUUACUGUCGCAUAUUAUGAUAAUAAAAUAUUAAACUACCAUAAUAUAUUACGCAUAUAAAUAUAAAUGUAUAAACGGUCAACGAUGUCCACUCCCGGAUUUAAAUGGAUGUGGCUCGUCCUAUAGGAUACGAUAUCGAUGACUAUUACACAUUAUUAAUAUUAUUAUCACAAUAAUCGUAUAAUAUCCUCACGACCGCGUAUUCAAUAAAUACGACGACAAACGAAGACGUAUCGUCAACGCGCAUGUACUUGUCUACGUAAACGGAUGGUGGAUUUUAUCAUAUAAGUCGCUUAAUAUAUCGUAAUAUAUUAAAGCAUCUAGUGCCCAAUAAUCUUAUUAUAACGUUUUAGAGUGUGAAAUAGUAGUGUAGAACGAUGGUCGCGAUUUAGGCGGUAUUUUUCCGCGAUAGACACAUUUAGUAGUGAGAUAAUACAAAUAAUAAUCAUUAUCCGUCGACGAGACGAUACUCGAGUAUAUAGGUAUAGUGCGGAUAAUAAUAUGAUGUCUCGUCAUUUUAGGUACCUAUGCGUAGUAUCGACAUAUGGCGUAGUUCUAGUGUGUUUUUACUACAUUAUAUUAUAUAUAUAUUAUUAUAAAAAACUACUAUUAAUUAUUAAUAGUUGAUAGUUGUAGGAAAAAAUAAUAAUAAGAAUAAUAGCAAAAUAUUAUAUAUAAUUAUUUUAAGUCUUACGAAACAAAAUGUUCUGAUCAAAUCAUCAUUACCAUCUAACUUGUUGUACAAAUAAGUAUAAUAUUAUUUAUAAUAUAAUUUUUGUAUGAUAUUAUUUUUUAAUUUUUUUGAUGUAUAAUUUUUUACGUAAUUUAUCGAGCGUUAGACAAUGAAUAUUAUAAUCGUAAUCGUUUAGUUCAGGUCAUUAAAUUAAUUAUGCCUGUAGAAAUGUUAAUACUAUACUAUACACAUUAUUAUUAUGAUUAUAUAUAAUCAAAUCGUACUUAAAUUAAUUUUUUUUUAAUAUUUUGAUCGUCAAACGGCGGUAAUAAGUAUACUGUUGUUUAGUCAUAAAUCUAUCAUAUUAUUAUAGUCACGCGUGUACAAAUGUAAUGCUGCAUUUCGACUAUAAUAACGCGUACUAGCCUUUCCUUUAAUAUUCUAGAAUACAUUUAUAAAGUCUUAAAUAUACAUUAGGUCCAAACGGAAAGUUACCGUGUAGUUAAAGAGCUGUAUAAAAUCGUGCCGAAACUUGUGAAAUUUUUUCGGCAGUGCUGUUCAUUUAGAAGAUAUUAUUAAAUUAUAAAUUUAUUAAUUCGUUUAAGACGUGAUAUAAUUUAAAAUUAUAUAUUAGAUACUUAUUUCAGGUAUUGUUAUUAAGUAGAAAACAUACUCAAGUUUAUUUACAUUUCUUUAAUACUUAUAAUAUUAUUAUCGUUAUUGUGACAUAAAACAGGUUACUAUGUGUAUUUACUUAAAUGUUAUAAUAUUGUACGUUUGUAGUCUGACACUUACAUACAUAUUAUUGUAAAAUCAAGUAUUAUUCUGAUUAUUAAUAACAUAGUAUAUCAAUAAAUAUUAAAUCACAUUGAGUACAACUCACAUACACUAUAAUACAGAGUCAAUAUUAUCAGUUUUGAAUGUUUUUCACAUUCUAACGUCAGUAAAACAUAAUUAUAAUUAUAUAUUUUGUAAAUUAAAAUUAUAAUAGUCAUCUCGUUUUGGAUUCAAUUUUUUUUGUUUUUUAAUAAACCAGAUAAAAUAUUUUCAAAUAUUAUACACUCCAUAAUGCUCUCAGAUUAUUCAUGACGUAUUGUAUUUUUUUAAUUCAUUUUCUUAUGUACGAUUUUUAAACUGCUAAUGUU